CUUGGGUUAAUUCUUCAGGGUCUGACUGAUAACAGUAUCACGAGGGUCUUGCCUUACUUCAGACUGCCUACCUGCUGUAAUUUACCUAUUCAUAUUCCAGUCAGGUAGGAAGUUGUUUUUAAGAAGGUUCUCUCCUUCAUUUAGCCAAUUCUUCCCCGGAUCCUAUUUUCUUCAUCUUCUGGUACGUUUAAGACAAUUUUUGUUUACGAGUAAAGCUUUCAUCGUGUUUUGCUUCGUCUUAUUAAUUCCGAUAUCCUGUAUUAUUAGCCUUGCAAUUGACUUUAUCCUCUUUGCACUAGUUUCAAAUAACUUCGAAACGUCUUACUCCAAGUUCCCUCGAACCUCGAUGAUUCCCUCGUAACACGCGUAGUUACCUACCUACCUCGGACAGCACGAUGACGAACCCGGAUCAAGAAAGAAGCACAACACCGCAGCCUGGAAACCCUUUCGAAGUACCGAUAUCUUCCUCUCCAGGCUCGUUGCGAGGCCGCACAUUCUCGACUUCAUUGCCUCGCGCCGAUGUCACUGCUCGCCUAGCUUCCCCCGUGCCAUCCCAUGCAUUUGGCACUUCGCCGACACUGAGAGCCUCGGUACCGAACCGAGAUAGCGAUGAGAACAUUGAUAAUUCGGGACCUCUUGCUGGUGCCGGCCAGAGUACAGCGGGCCCCGGAGUAUCUGCUCUUGCUGCCGCUCUUUCUAACUCAAUAGGGACGUCACCGCCAAGGUUCGGCACUCCGCCAAUAAGGUCUUCAUCGCCAGCAGGUACAGCUUCGGGACUACAGCCAUCCAUAACACCGACAAAUUACGGCUCAUUUGAAGCCAGGUCGAGACAUUUGCAGGCUGGCGGCUCUGGGGCAUACGAAGACCCCGAAAUUGUUAAACGGCAUUUGGUCCAGCCUACAGAUGCUGGAGAGACUGGGUCUAACAAUGGAGACCAUUCGAAGGGUAAACAGGUCGGCGAAUCUGUAGACCCAGGGCAAGAUGGCGAUGAAUUCUCUAGUCUUAAGUUGCAAGGAGGUGAUAUAACACGUCAGAUCUACAGGUGGACUGAAGAUGCUGAAGGCCGCAGUCGUCAUCAGCGCAGCAAGAGUUUCAGCCACGCUAGGGAUGAUCCGGAGAGCGAUGUUCUCGACAUAAACACUAUUAAGAUUCCCGGUGGGUUUAGACGAAACUACAUUCGAAGAGCCGCGCGAAGCCCGCCGUUGGAUCCCCAGGAACUAGAAGCGGGCGAAGGCACCUCAAGAGGCAGACGAGAUCCUCAGCUGUUCACCAACAGCUUCCUGGAGUUUCUAUCUAUUUAUGGCCACUUCGCAGGCGAGGAACUUGAAGAGGAUGAUGAAGUCUUGGGCCCUGGCGAAUACUUCUCUUCUGGCGAAAGCGAUGAUUUCUACGACAGUGAAGAGGAGAGGGAACCAAUGGAAGAUAGCACUCUGCUAACGCCGUCAAAACGUAAGAGGAGACGUAAGGUCCGAGGUGGCAGCGGAAACAACAGCCCCUUUAACGCAGCUUUGCUUCUCUUGAAAUCAUUCGUGGGCACAGGUGUCUUGUUCCUCCCCCGUGCCUACUUCAAUGGCGGUAUGCUUUUUAGCAACUUGGUUCUUCUUUUCGUGGCGGCACUCAGCUACUACUGCUUCGUACUAUUAGUCACCACACGACUAAAAGUUGAUGGAUCAUUCGGCGAUAUUGGUGGAAUCCUGUAUGGCGACUGGAUGAGAACCUUGAUCCUAUUCUCAAUCGUCAUCAGUCAGAUCGGAUUCGUCGCAGCGUAUAUCGUAUUCACCGCGGAAAACCUGCAAGCUUUUAUUCUUGCCGUUUCCAACUGCAACGCACACAUUCAGAUCACCUGGUUGAUCGUGAUGCAGAUGAUCAUAUUCUUACCAUUUUCUCUAUUCCGAGAUAUCGGCAAGCUCGGGUUUACGGCUUUGAUUGCUGAUGCUUUCAUCGUUAUUGGGCUUGCGUACCUUUUCUACUACGAUAUCCUCACCCUUAACACCAACGGUCUCGCAGAUAUCAUUCAGUUUAACCAAAAGGAUUGGACGCUCUUCAUUGGCACAGCUAUCUUCACCUUUGAGGGUAUUGGCCUUAUCAUCCCUAUCCAAGAAUCGAUGAAGUCGCCAUCCAAGUUCCCUAAGGUCAUGUUCUAUGUCAUGAUUAUUAUUUCGGUUCUCUUCAUCACUAUGGGCGCAGUAUCUUAUGCGGCGUAUGGAUCGAAGACCGAGACUGUUGUCCUUCUCAACCUACCUCAAGACAAUAAACUCGUCAACGGUGUACAAUUUCUCUACUCGCUGGCCAUUCUACUUUCGACACCUUUGCAGAUUUUCCCUGCAAUUCGUAUCACAGAAAAUGCUCUAUUCACGAGAAGCGGCAAGUAUAAUCCCUACAUCAAGUGGCAGAAGAACUUGUUCCGUUUCCUCAUCGUCUUCCUAUGUGCUCUCAUCGCCUGGGGAGGUGCAGAUGACUUGGACAAGUUUGUUGCUCUUGUUGGUAACUUUGCCUGCAUUCCUCUCGUGUACAUCUACCCGCCCCUACUUCACUACAAGGGCGUAGCGAGAUCCAGAGUUCGAAAAGUCACAGACAUUCUUCUGUGCAUCUUUGGAUUUGUGGCUAUGGCGUAUACCACGAGUUUGACAGUGAUCAGCUGGGCCAGCGGCCCCUCUGGUCCGAGCUUACCGAAACAUUGUGAUCCCAACAAGUUUUGAAGUCACAAGAUAACAUCAACAGAGUUGGUUGUUACAAUUGUAUAAUAUUUUUAUCAGUAGCAUCGGCAUCAAGAUCAAAAGAUGCGAGACAGAAUUUAGAACAUUUCUUGUCAGAGGGGAAUGGAACGAAGCCCACGAAGAGAUAGAAUUUGCAGAGGAAAUAUUGUGGCUUUUCAACAUUGGGGCGGACUGUGUUUUGAGAGUAGGUACAUGAGUAGAUGCCUAUAGGUUGUCAAACUGAUGUAGGAUAGCGUAUAUAAGGUACAUGUAGCUAUGGCGAACUUUUAAUGAUAGGGACCUAGUAUUCCCAAGACAUGCUGUAUUUUCUGUUUCUAAGCUGUUCUUGGCUGCACGGGUCCACUGUACAAUACGGGUAGGUACAUACUCUAGUUCUGCAUGGCGCUAACCCCUGUUCGGGUUACAAUGUAUGGACGGACCACCUAAUGACAGUGAAUUUUCUAUGUGUUAUGUAAGUCAC